AUGUUGCAGAAAUUGGGGGUGGAGGCGGCUCGUGAAUUUGGCCCAAGCGCAGUUGGCGUCAACAGUGGAGCGUCGGGGCGGACGCCAUUUUGGAGCGGCCAGGCAAUACCCACAUCUAACGGAGAGGCCUUACAUAACGGGGUCGGGUCGGUGCCAUACAACGGUGACGGUGCGAGCGGUGCGGCCUGCACGCUGCCGCCAUCUUCGAGUGGGCCGCCAUUGCUAACGACUAGCAACUAUUUUGUGGAGCCACUGUGUGCAACAGGCACUGCGCAGCCAGCGCAUGGACUCGUGCUACCGGGCGUGAGCAUCCACAAUGCGGCAACAGCAUCGCCACUUGUCGGAUCCUACGCCGCGACGACGCCGAGUGGAAUCCAGGGAGCAUAUGGGCCAAGGAAGCUUCCGGACUUGCCUAUAUUUGGAGGGCAGCCCGAGGAGUGGCCGAUCUUCAGCUGUGCGUUCGUGGAGACGACCCGAGCGUACAACUGCACGGACCUGGAGAACAACCAGAGGUUGUUGAAGGCGCUGAAGGAUGAAGCGCGCGAGGCAGUGAAGGCGCUAUUGAUUCAUCCAGGGAAUGUCAGCGCCGUGAUGGAGCAGCUGCGCUUUAGGUUCGGCCGACCGGAGCAGCUUAUACGCAGCCAGCUCAACAACGUGCGAGAGGUGCAGCCAAUUUCGGAGCAGUCAGCGAAAGCGGAGCAACACCUGGGGAACCCAACCCUCAUGGAGGAGCUUGUGGCCAAGCUGCCAACGAGCAAGCGAGUGGACUGGGCCAGGCAUGCUGCAACGAUUGCGCCCUUUCCCACUGUAGUCCACUUCAGCGCGUGGCUACAGGAGUACGCAAACGUGGUGUGCACGGUUUUGGACGUCGAGGGAAAGGAGCCGAGGCGUCGACUUCUACAUGCGAGCGUCGACCAUAAUGAAUGCGAUCAACAGGAUGAUCGGCAUGGAGGUUGUUCCAUCUGUGGAGGACAGCAUGGAAUAUUGAACUGCAGAAAAUUUAUUGCAGCUUCGCCACAGGAAAGGUGGAGCAAUGUGAAGAGGCAUCGGCUCUGCUUCAAUUGCCUGCGAAGCGGGCACACGGCUAGAUCCUGCUAUACGCAAGGUGAGUGCCAGAUUAAUGGAUGCCGAAGGGAGCAUCACCGCCUGCUACAUGGUGCGGACGAGGAGCGAAGGCCGCUGCAGCGAGGUGGCUUCAGACGCCACGAAGGGAACCAGCAGCCAACAGUUUCCAGACGCAGCCCGGCAAGGAGGCCUUCGCUACGAGAUGGUCACAGGGACCAGGAGAGGAACCGGCAACCAGCCGUUCCCAGCAACAGCCUGGAGAGAGGAGCCCCGCGUGAAGCGGGAGCGCCCAUGCAGAGGAAUUUGAGCUGCGUUGACGCCGAAGGAGGCCGUCUACUGUUCCGUAUACUGCCGGUUACGCUGUACGGAGCGGGGCGAAAGGUGGAUACGUAUGCGCUCCUAGAUGAGGGAUCCUCCGUCACGAUGAUCGAUGACGAACUACGAAGGGAUCUUGGAGUGCAAGGAGAGCGUCGGCAGCUAAAUAUCCAAUGGUUUGGAGGUAAGGCAACCAGAGAGCCUACCAACGUGGUGAGUCUGAAGAUAAGUGGAGUUGGAAAGCCCACUCGCCAUGUAUUGAGAAACGUUUAUGCCGUUUCGAGUUUGAGUUUGCCGAUGCAGACAUUGAGCCGACGAGAUGUUCAGGGCGUGCACAGGGAUGCGCGUCUGCCGAUGAAGCCUUACAGCAACGUGGUGCCGAAGCUGCUCAUCGGCCUGGAUCACGGACAUCUGGGGUUGCCACUUAGGACGAGGCGGUUCGCUCGAGAGGGACCGUAUGUGGCCGCAACCGAGCUGGGCUGGGUUGUGUUUGGGCCUGUAAGUGGGCAACCGACCACGCCGUCACCGAAGUUCUGCCUACUUGCCGUGUCAGUGGAUGACGCGAUGGAGAAGAUGGUGGAGGAAUAUUUCGACAUGGAGAACUUUGGAGUGAAGACCGCGCCGCCGGUCGCAGCCAGCGACGAUGUUCGGGCCCAAAGGAUACUCGAAGACACCACGGUGAAAGUGGGGCGCCGCUACCAGACGGGAUUACUCUGGAAGGACGACCACGUUGUGCUGCCACCGAGCUAUGAGAUGGCGUACAGGAGGCUGGUCAACGUCGAGAAGAAGAUGAAGCGCAACAAGCCGUUGGCGCAGGAAUACGAUCGGAUCAUAAAGGAUUACGUGUCUAAAGGAUACGCGAGGAGGUUGCAGCCGGAGGAGGUCGCGGUAAGGAGCGAUCGCCUAUGGUAUUUGCCACAUUUUGGUGUCGAAAACCCAAACAAGCCCGGCAAGGUACGGCUUGUGUUUGAUGCUGCAGCCAAAGUUGGAGGAACCUCGCUAAACUCGGAGCUGGACAAAGGGCCUCAGCACUAUAAGCCUUUGCCAGCUGUGCUCUUUCAUUUCAGAGAGGGAGCCGUCGGAGUCUGCGGUGACAUCAAGGAGAUGUUCCACCAAGUGCUGAUCCGACCCGAGGAUAGAUGUUCCUAA